GCUCUCUAAACCUGCGAUCUCUCUCCUGUCUUGCAGUCUUGCAUCACCAUCUCCUGACCUGAGCAUUCGCCAUGGCACAGGUUCUCAAAGGCACCGUGACCAACUUCCCUGGCUUUGAUGAUCGGGCUGAUGCAGAAACUCUUCGGAAGGCCAUGAAAGGCCUGGGCACCGAUGAGGAGUCCAUCAUGACAUUGUUGACAUCCCGAAGUAAUGCCCAGCGUCAGGAAAUCAUUGCAGCUUUUAAAACUCUGUUUGGCAGGGAUCUUCUGGACGACCUGAAAUCAGAGCUGACUGGAAAAUUUGAAAAAUUAAUUGUGGCUUUGAUGAAACCCUCUCAGCUUUAUGACGCCUAUGAACUGAAACAUGCUCUAAAGGGAGCUGGGACAGAUGAAAAAGUCCUGACAGAAAUUAUUGCUUCAAGGACCCCUGAAGAACUGACAGCUAUCAAACAAGUUUAUGAAGAAGAAUAUGGCUCAAGUCUGGAAGAUGAUGUGGUGGGGGACACAUCAGGGUUCUACCAGAGGAUGCUAGUGGUCCUCCUGCAGGCUAAUCGAGACCCUGAUUCUGGAAUUAAUGAAGCACAGGUAGAACAGGAUGCUCAGACUUUGUUUCAAGCUGGUGAACUCAAAUGGGGCACAGACGAAGAAAAGUUUAUCACCAUCUUUGGAACACGGAGUGUAUCUCAUCUGAGAAGGGUGUUUGACAAAUACAUGACUAUAUCAGGAUUCCAAAUUGAGGAAACCAUUGACCGGGAGACCUCUGGUAAUUUGGAGCAACUACUCCUUGCUGUUGUAAAAUCUAUUCGAAGUAUACCUGCUUACCUUGCAGAAACUCUAUACUAUGCUAUGAAGGGAGCUGGAACAGAUGACCACACCCUCAUCAGAGUCCUGGUUUCCAGGAGUGAGAUUGAUCUGUUUAACAUAAGAAAGGAAUUUAGGAAGAACUUUGCCACCUCUCUUUAUUCCAUGAUUAAGGGUGAUACCUCUGGAGACUACGAGAAAGCCCUCCUGAUGAUCUGUGGAGGAGAAGACGACUAA